ACGUGAUGUUGUUUAUCGGUUAACCGUCUCAGACAAAACCUCCCUUCCGGGAUACUCACCUGACGUCAUCAAGAGGUUGCGCGCGCCUCUUGGCAACGGAAGUGGACGUUUGUUGUGUUUUGAUAACUUCCUGUUAGCGCCGGACCCGAGGCUCCAAAUCAAAUCCGGGCGAUUUGAAAAGUAACAUGUCCGCGUGCUGCGUGUCCGCCUGUAAGAACCGACUCUCCCCCGCCGGAAAACUCAAGUUCUACCGGAUCCCGUCCGGUCACCGGCCGGUCCAGGCGAACCGGCGCCGCCUGUGGCUGCGCGCGCUUCAACAGGCGAACGGCGGCGAAGUGCGAGGAAAUGUUCGCGUGUGUGGAGCUCAUUUCAUCACAGGAGAAGCGUCGAUGGACCGCGACAGUCCGGACUUUGUCCCCUCGAUCUUCACGAGCCGCGAACUGAGCAGCCAGAAGAAGGAGCGGAAGAGAAGCUUCAUUCAAAGAUUUUACAGUCGCAGACGACGACGACAACAUCGCCGUAAAGUCGAUGUUGGAAAAGAAGAAACACAAAGUCCGACUGAGUCUGACGACCAGUCGCCUGUCGUCAUGGAAACAGAACGUGAAGUACCGUCAAGCCCGUCGCUGCCACAGGGAGAAGAUACUCUGAGGAAAGAGGCCGAGGCCGAAAUACAAUCAACAUCGAACCCAAACAAGACACCGCGAUCGGCUCCGGUGUUCAGCCUGAGACCAGACAGGAUGAAUCCCGUGGUGCUGCUGACGCCGCUCGUUGUUUCAGCAGGAGGUUAUCGCUGCCAGAUGAGCAGUCGCACCGUCACUGUCUCACCUCAGCCGGUCGAACACAAACUGCUGCAUGAAGAGGAGGAAGAAGAGAAGACCCGUAGCUGUGACAUUUGUGAAGUCCAGUUCCCGAGGGCGGCCGGUUUCUCGCAGCACCGGUGUGUGAAUGCGGAUGAACCCGCGUUUUCCUGCAACAUGUGCGAUCGAACUUUCACCACAACUCAUCACCUCAAGCGUCACAAGCUGCUGCACGUCAGAGACGGCAGGAAGUGCGGCAAGUGCGGCGUGUUGUUCUGUCGACGUCACAACCACGUCGCGUUCCAAGCUGCGGUCGAGUACGAACAGGAUUCCUCCUCCGCCGACGAGCCACAAGACGAAGACGGGAGUCUGACGUCGGAUCCUGAGAGAAGCCGGACGGACGUUGUGGACGAGGACGAUCGGAAAACCACGACUGUUUUUACGCCUUCGCCGACGACAACAACAACUGCUGCUUUGCCUCAGCGUCCAAAACCUGGACCUUUAUCCAAGACGCGUUCCAUCAGACAUCCAGGGACUGUGAGCUUGUUGCCCAAACCUUCCUCGGUGUUGUGGUCGCGGCCACCUCCGCCACCAGAUCCCCGGAUCUCGAUAAACCCGGUGGCCCCGUCUCCUCUUAUGCCCCUCAACCCUCCCGUCCGCCCAGAACUCCCGUCCUCACUGAAGAUCUUUUCACCUCAUUACCUCACCUCGACGUUAUUUCACGUCAGAAGAAACUACGAAUACAUCCUGAGCAAACCGAAGAAGGUCGUUGUGAAGGAGGAGCCGGCCGAGCGGCCGCUGAGAGUCACCGACAAGCGAAGAGUCGAGAAAGUCAGGAAUGAAAAAGUUGCCUACGACCUGGAGAUCGUGGUUUGAUCUAAAAACAUUAGAUAUGAUUUAAAACCACUGUUACUGAAACUGAGACUUUGCAUCAUAAAGAUAUGAAGCUGAUUCCGUUUCCUGCUGCAACUGAAACAUAAGCUAAACUUAAUAACGCCUCGUCUGUGUUCUACUCUUUCUCCUUUAUGAUGUGAAACUGUGAUAUUUAAUUUAGUUUUCUGAUGAUCUUUGAAUCUGAAUGUCUUUCUACUCUAAACUGAUUCACAGCCUGAAACUUUUUAAUGUCACUGAACUCAUCAAGCUGCUAUUUUUUCCUUUUUCCCUCAUCACCGGUGGAGCAGACGACGUUGUGGAACAGGAAACACUGGAUUCAGUUUUCACUUCUCCGCCAACCAUAUUGUUUAUCCUUUCUUAUUAUAGAAAUAUAUUUUUUUCCCCAAAACAGAAAUUCCAUUAUUUGGAAUACAUAAGCUUUACAUUUGUGAGUGUGCGUGAGAGAGAACUGAGAAAUUAAACUACCGUUCCGAAACUUGUUUUUACCACAACAGCAAACGCUUCACGUCAGAGCGAGGCACUCGUUCCCUGCAGAGAUGAUGUUUCUGUCUGUCUUUGAACGCACCACUGACCUGAAGGUUUAAAAACUGUUGUUGUUUACAUUUUUUUUCACUACAGUCAACAGAUGAUUAUUUUAUUAAAAUAAGUAUUAACAGAAUAUUGUCUUUGUCACAAGGUUCUUUAAAAAUACAUCAAAUCAUUAAUGUGUUGUUGUUGUCAUCUGCUCAAACUGACUCAUCACUGCGUCCAAAUAAACAAAAAUAGAAGAAAAAACUCAAUGUUUCCAAACUAGACAAAAUAAAACUAACUCAGUUGA